AUAAUAACAACAACAACAACAGACAGAACACUUCAAUUAAUGAUGUAAAUUUUGGCAUUAAAUUAAAAAGCAAGUUUACUUGGUUGUUUUUGUCUUAUUAUUCAGUUGUUAUUCAGAAGUAAGAUUUAAGCAGUUCUUUAGAAAACGAAGAGCAUACAUGUUCAUACUGGUAUAACGUAAGACUUCUAGAGUUUCACAUGCUUAAUAUCUGGGACUGGAAGUGGUUAUUUGGCAAAGGCAGUCACGAUGUUUGUUUUAACAGAGAUGAAGGACACUGUUCGUAUUCAGCCAUGGUUUUUUGAUGUAGAUGUCAAUGCUGCUAUAAUUGAUGUGUUAAACAAGAAAUUUGCAAAUAAGGUUGUCCCCAAUGUUGGACUGUGCAUUGCACUGUGGGAUAUACAGAAGCUGGAGGACAGUUUCCUGUUCCCUGGAGAUGGGGCUCAUCAUACUGUAGUGCAUUUCCGCUAUGUCGUGUUUCGGCCUUUCAUUGAUGAGAUCCUGUUGGGAAAGAUCAAGUCCUGCAGUAAGGAGGGUGUACAUGUGACAAUGGGCUUUUUUGAUGAUAUUGUCAUACCUCCUCUCAAUAUGCAGGAUCCCACCAGAUUUGAUGAACAGGAACAACUGUGGGCAUGGGAGUAUCAGAUGGAAGAUGGCAAACAUGACCUGUUUAUGGACAUUGGAGAGGAAAUCAGGUUUAGAGUGUCCGAUGAAGCAUUUACAGACACAACACCUGUUGGUCCAGAAAAUACUAAUAAAGAUUCUGAAUUAACGGACACUGAAGUGAAAAAAUCGCCAUACACAAUUACAGCCUCGGUUAGUGAGCCGGGUCUAGGCCUCCUGAGCUGGUGGAAUUCCUGACACUGACUGGUCAUGUGUUCAUAUAGACAUCAUUUGUUGCAUUGUUAAAUCCUUAAUAAAUCAUUCAAAACAAAA